AUGGCAACGGCGGCCGGAAAUACGCCGCGGCUGCUUCCGGGCGGAAGCGGAAGAGGCUGCUCGGAUGCUGAGGGCGCUGGCUGGGGCUGGGCGGAGGUGCUGGCGGCCGCCGCCGGUGCCCUGCAGGCUGGCGGGCUGGUGGCGGUGCCCACAGACACGGUGUACGGCGUGGCCUGCCUGGCACAGGACUCCCGCGUGCGGAGCAUCUACGGCCUGAAGGGACGCAACGGGAGGAAGCCGCUGGCCAUCUGCCUCGGGGACGUGGAGCACAUCUACCGGUACUGCCAUGUGAACGUGCCGGAUGAGCUGUUACGGGACCCUCCCGGACCUGUAACCCUGGUCCUGAAGCGAUCGGAAGAACUCAACAAGGACUUGAAUCCCUUCACCUCGCUGGUUGGCGUUCGCAUUCCAAACCACCCUUUUAUUAGAGAGCUGGCACGAGCUUGCUCUGGACCCCUGGCUUUAACAAGUGCUAACAUCAGCAGUCAGGCGAGCACGCUGACGGUUUCGGAAUUCCAAGACCUUUGGCCUCAGUUGUCCUUAGUCAUUGAUGGAGGCCCCGUAGGGGAUGUCCAGAGCCCGGAGUGUCGUCUGGGGUCAACUGUGGUCGACUUAUCUGUGUCGGGGAAGUACACCAUCAUCCGACCUGGCUGUGCGCUGCAAUCCACAGUUGAAAUCCUGAGACAGAAGUAUGGCUUGGUACCGGAAUCAUCCUAAGACUUCAGACUCCAAGGAGGCUCUGCAGAGCUGGUGAAGCUGGGCACCGUGUGCCUGUGCGUUCAGCAAGUGCUGUUAAUGGCCUUGUUUAAUGAGGUCGAUGGGUUAUGGCAGGUUAAUAAACAAGGGGUAAUGAGAGUGACAGUCGAUGGGGAUCUGUUAAUUACUGUUACAUCGGCUGAAGCCUGAGAAUCCAACCCGGGUAUUUCUGCUGAUCUCUUUGUGCUGCUGUACCAUUCCCCCAGACCUGUCUGUUUUAUUUACCUCAUCUAAAAAUAAUUUGGAUGUUGGACUGUUCUCAGGAUGCGAUGAUGCAGACAGCGUCACUGGUCCUCCUUCCCCAUAAAACUUAUUCCACGUGUUCAUUUAUUGUAUUUACGCCAAAAGGAAAACAAGGAUGGAAAAGAGUUUUUUUUGGGCUUCUGUGAAUUUAUAGCUAUGUUGUUCUCUAGCUUGUUCUUUGUUCAAGUGUCCCCUCCCUAGAAGAGUGUUGCUCAGAAAGACCUGACCUCCUGCUAACGCAGGGAAUAAUGCCAAGCUCUUGGUGUGCUGCUCGUCAUCUUUUAAUGUGGGUCUUCCUUUCUUGAUUUUGUUCUGUAACCAGUGACUAAGCUGAAUAGGGAACGGAUGAAAAUUUGCUCUGGUAUUUACUCUUCAAGGAAAAGUAAAAUUUAUGGAGUUAUUAACAAUUUAAAAACUGCUAAGGAACUUGCAUGUUUUUGUUAUAAAUGCUUAUUUUUGUUGUCUGUCACUUCUGACAGACUUAAGUGCUUAACUAGAACAUGUAUGAAAUCAUCGUGAAUAGAACCUUGUUUCACAUCCAGA